GGGCCCGACGGCGGCGGCUCGGGGGCGUCUCAGCCGCGCUCCCUGCCAUGGGAGGGAAGAGCCUCAGCCUCGGCGUCCUCAGCCUCGGCGCCCUCCUCCUGGCCGCCGCCUCCGGGGGUGCGGAGCCGCCGCCGAGCUGCGAGAGCGUCCGGAAAGUUUUCCAGAUGCGGCAGCUCGGUCCCCUCCGAGGCAUCCCGGAGUCCCCGAGGGCAGGGGCUGAUCUCCAGGUUUGUACUUCUAAAAAUCCAACAUGCUGUACCAAAAAGAUGGAAGAAAGAUAUCAGACUGCAGCAAAGCAAGAUAUACAGCAAGUGCUUCAAACAUCAAGUGCUACAUUAAAAUUUUUAAUAUCUCGUAAUGCAGCUGCUUUUCAAGAAACCUUUGAAAUGCUUAUCAGACUGGCUGAGAAUUACACAAGCACACUUUUCUGCAAUGCAUAUAGAAACAUGGCUGCCGAGGCUACUACACAUGUCCAGGAGUUUUUUACAGAUGUUGGACUCUUCAUAUUUGGCACAGAUGUUAGCACAGAGGAAUUCGUCAACAGAUUUUUUGACACCCUGUUUCCAGUAGUCUACAACCACGUGAUUAACCCUGGCCCGACUGACAUUUCCGUGGAAUAUGCGGAGUGCCUCCGAAUGGCGAGAAGAGACAUCAGGCCCUUUGGUAACGUUCCCAAAAAGGCCAUAGGACAAAUGGGAAGGUCAUUGUUACCCAGCCGGACUUUCUUGCAGGCUCUGAAUUUGGGGAUCGAAGUGAUCAACACAACAGAUCAUCUGCAUUUCUCUAAAGACUGCAGCAGAGCUUUGCUGAGAAUGCAGUACUGCCCCCAUUGCCAGGGGCUGACGUUAAGUAAGCCCUGCAUGGGCUACUGCCUCAACGUCAUCCGAGGCUGCUUAGCCAACAUGGCAGAAGUUGAUCUUCAUUGGCGAGGAUAUAUUCAGUCCAUGGAGGAGCUCUCGAGCGCCAUGAGUGGGACCUAUGACAUUGAGCACGUGCUUCUAAACUUUCAUUCACUUGUUAAUGAUGCCCUUGUACAGGCUCGUAUCAAUGGACCAGAAUUAUCUGAGCAGGUGAACAAGGUAUGUGGUCCUCCUAUAAGGAAGCCUACGCAGUCUCCAGGUUGCUCCUUUGAUCAGAACAAAGAUAAUCAGGGAUUGAAGAUGUUCUCAAGAGACAGUGAAGAAACCCUCACCAACAGAAGAAAAGAAUUUAUCAGCCAUCUCCGGCUCUACAGAGCAUUUUACGGCGGCCUGGCUGAUCAGCUGUGCGGUAAUGAGUUGGCAGCUGCUGAUGGACUCCCAUGUUGGAAUGGAGAAGAUGUUGUAAGAAGCUAUACUCAUCGUGUGGUUGGCAGUGGAGUCAAAGCUCAGUCUGCAAAUCCAGAAGUAAAAGUGAAGGGAACAGAUCCUGUAAUAAGUCAAAUUAUUGACAAGCUGAAACAUGUUAUUCAGCUGUUACAGGGCAAAUCAUUUCCUAAAUAUCAUAAAUGGGAUCUCCAACAAACAGGCAGUGGUGGAGGUGUGGAUGAACAAAUCAGUGGAGACUGUGAUGAUGAAGAUGGUUGUGGAGGAUCAGGAAGUGGAGAAGUCAAAAGAGUCCUGAAAAUUACAGACACAGGGAUGCCAGACAAGAUGAACCUCAGUGACGUAAAGCAAAUCCAUCAAACCAACGAUGGCAGCACUUUAGACACAACUGGAGCAGGAUGUACAACAGUGGCUGAUUAUAUGACAUUUAUGCUGAUUAGUUUGGUAACACUAUUUCUCAGUCUUUGGUAACUGUUUAGGUCUGGCUUGUUAUAUGUGUCUCGUUGUCAUUUCUUUAUCCCCACUCACAAGCCUGGAAUAAAGGAUCUGGUGGAUAUAGCUAUAUUUACGAUAGCUUGUGUAUUAUCAGCCUCUUUGAUCUUAGGCCUGAGUAUUAGCAAAGUUGUUUGCGUAAUAUUUUUACUGUGUGGUUUUGUUUUUUUUUUAACACCUGUAUAGUCAUGCAAAAUCAUGUUUCCUUUUAUAUUUUAUGUUAAAAAUAAGUUGACUAGGUAUCACAGAAUCACCAAGUCCUGGAAGGCGAUCCUGGAGAUCAUCUAGGCCAGCCCUGUGCAGAGCAGAGUCAACCAGAGCAAGUUGCCCAAGGCCGAGUCCAGUCAGUAUUUGAAUGUCUCCAACAAUGGAGACUCUACAGCCUCUUUGGGCAAAGUGUUCCAGUGCUUGAAUAUGCAUUGCAAAAAAAAUUUGUUCUUAUGUUUGUGUUAUCUAUUGCAUUUCAGUUUGUGCCCAUUGCCUGUUUUCCUGGCACUGGGCACCACCGAGAAGAGUUUGGCUCCAUAUUAUUUACUCCCCUUAUCAGGUAUUUAUACACAUUGACAAGACCCCCCCUGCAUCUUCUCCAGGCUGAAUAGUCUCAGUAGUCUCCGCCUCUCCUAUGUAUGUAUCCCUUAACAAUCUUCAUGACCCUUUGCAGGACUCUAUCCUGUACAUCCCUGUCUCCCUUGUCCUUGCAAGCCCAGACCUGGACACAGCACUGCAGAUAUGGUCUCACCAGUGCUGAGAGUGCAUUCUGUUGCAUUGUCCAGGUCAUUAAUGAAGAAGUCAAACAGUAUCAACCCCUGGGGUAAACCAAGAGUAACUGCUCUCCAUGUGGACUUUGUGCUGCUGUUCACAACCCCACAUACAACUGGUAGCAACUAAUGAAACUGUUGCUCAGCACUUUAUGAGUUUUGCAUUUAAAGUCCUGCCUUCCGAGUUGUGAUCCCUGUAAAACAGAAAAUGUUGAAUUUGCCCUUCUCUCUUUCUUCAAAAAGUAAAAAAAAAUCCACAGUGUAAACUCAGAUAAUUUUAGUAGGAAUUACUUGUCAUAGCUCAGAAAAACUACAUAUGAAAUGCUGUGUAUGUAUAUGCAGAUAUACAUACAACUGCAUUUUAUCUAGACAUAACAUCAAGGUUAAGAUUCAGUGUUGGAUUAAGAUAUCUCAAUCUAUAUGUCUACAUACACAUGUUUACCUAUGUGCUAUAUGUCUAUUACAUAUGUGUUAUACAUCUAAGCUGUCAUGCAGUCAGUGGAAAUACAGGGUAACAUUCAAUUGCUAAAAUACCAGCAAUGAGCGACAGUUGAGAUGUUGCAAGAAAACCUACUUGGUGUCCAGCUACUGAAGGGAUUCAGGUCUUUCUGUGGGCAAGUGGCCUGAGCCCUUUGUCAACACAGUUAAUGAAACUCAGUAAGUUGUCCAGCUCAUAUGAAAACAGAUACCUAAGAAAGCAACUCAGUCACCCAAAAGUAAGUAUCUGAUGCCACAUAAGAUUUCUUGGAGUAUCCAAGACAUCCUCAUUGGAUUGGCAUAUAUGACACAGGCUUUACGGGAAAUUCCAGAGGCUUACUUAAAUGGGAACCAUGCAGAGUGGCAGCUGGUAGCUAAGUGGGAUAUUCGUGUGUAUCUCAAAUAGAUCUAGACAUGCAUAUGUGGGCCCAUGAAUCAAACACCGGGUCUCCAUCAUUAAUACUAGGAGCUUAGAUACCUAGUUGAAGUGGUGACGCAUGAAUGCAAAUCCGAAUCACAACAUGAAUCCCAGCUCAAGUUCUUAUGCUUUAUACGAUGACGCAAGCUCAAGUGUUCCACAGUACUAGUGGUAAAUUAUAUAUUAUUGUUAUAAGGUUUUAUUAUCCUGUAAUGACUAAUUCCCAUGUCAUUUUAAUCCAAAAGUAUUUAAGAAUAUUUUGUAUUUAUUUCUCAUUUACAGUCCUUUAAAAGCAAAAAAAAAGGUACAGUAUUGUAUGCACUCAUACUUGACCUAUAACUCUUCGUAGACUUCAAAAAAAAUACUGUAAAUAUUUGUAUUCCCAAAUGCAUGCAUUAGCUGUUAGUGCACACUGUAUAACAUAGAGGCAAACAGAUUUAAAAUUUAAAAAAGCAACUGAACAUUCCUAAGAGCAAUUCCAUGCCCAGAUAAACAUCAUUAGUAGGCAUGUGUGCAAGUGUGCACAUUUUAUUUGACCUCUUUUUUCUUUUGCAGGUUUUGUAAACCAGUCCUUCAAAUUCACUUGUCUUGUUGUCUCAGCAUACACUGAAAUUACAUUGGUAAAUCAGGGAACAAAAAUCUGAUUUUGUUAUUUUUCGUUUUCAUACCAGCUCAAACCAGAAAUUAAUCGAGUCCAGCAAUGUUUUUUUGAACAAUGACCAGUAUCAGUCACUUCAAGAAAAACAGACUACAGUUUUGAAUAGGAGAUUCAGAAAUGGAGAAAAAAAUCUUCCGAUACCCAUUACUUAGAAUUUGAUUUAUAUCACAAAGUACUUUGUUUUUAUUCCUCACUUUUGGGUGUAGUUCAAGACCUUACUCAUGGCACCUGGUAGUCAAGGAGAUAACAGUUUAUUCUAUAGCAGCUUGGAAACAUAAUCCCCAUUUUCAAAUAGUGAUAGUAAUUAGGUCCUAAGGCCUCUUCAGAUAUAUGUUAAUUAGUCUGUGUUACUCCUCAUUUUUUUCAUGGCCUGUUCUUCUAUUUUCUACACUGCACCUAUGCCAAAUUCCUUCUGGGGUGGAAAAUCAGGUCUUUUCCUCACAGACACAUAUGAACAAUCUAGGUUGAGGGGGCUGCUUCCACAGACAAUAUGAAUACAAGAAUGGCAGGUCUGGAGUUUCCUCACUUGCCCCUCAGCCACAAGACCUCAUUCAUGCUCCUGUCCUGUCCAUCUCUAGGCACCUCCACACGCUCCACAUCAUUGCCUAGACUCAUAUGUCUGCUAGGCUAGGCUGCAUUAUGGUUCCUUCAUCAUGUCUAACAUACUAUAAAGAAAUAGUCUUGUUUCUUAAAGAACUAUAAAAAAAAAAACAUUAAAAUGUCUCAGAGCAAGGAGACAGUACUUGCCUCAUAGGAAACCAAGGCUGUUUUGCAAUUUGUCUCAAGGUUACUUUUCAAGGGAGGUACCCUUGCAAGAAACUGUGGAACAUGGCAGGAUGUUGAAGUGUAGCUCCAAGUUUGGCAGAUGGAAAAAAGACUUCUCAAACAUUGCCGGUAUUAAAGCCAGCAAUGAAAUGAGGAAUAGUACAGAGCAGAAAAAUGCAGAUAAGUUAGAGAAGCCAGGAGAAGAAAAAGAAAAAAGACCCUAAAUUGGAAAUCACGACAAUACAGUGGAAAAACAUCUGUAUCCACAUAAAAUGAUGGACCGUAUGCAGCGUGUAUGUGAGCCGCUCUGGGUCAAUCGCCUUGGGCUGCAGAGGCUUUUCCCAACAGCGGGUCAUACAGGCAGCACAGGGCUGACGCUGGGCUCCCCACAUCACCUGAGAUGUGGCACCUGGGUCUAGGUUGCUCCGAGUACUAUCAUUUGGUUUUACUCAGACUCUUUUAACAGUUUAAAUCUUCUCUGUCUCUCACAAAACCUUUGUUGAAUGCGAUUUUUGUUCUGGUUUGUUUUGCUUUCUUUUAAAUAAACUUUUUGUGUAUAAUAGCUGAUAUGGUUUAAAGUAGGUAUGCUUUACUCAACAUGUACCAUUUCUCAGAUGGACACUCAUUCAAAUGCUGUUUAUACUAAAAUCGCAAUGGAUAUCACUAUUAAAAUUGUGUAACUGGUCUCAGCACAAUUUAAAAAAUCAACAAGCAUAAGGUGAGAGAGAUUUGUAGGGAAUAAUUUAUUAGAGGACAAUGUUGUUACUUGUAAAACAAUAUUUUAGAAAAAAAUAGUUCUAAAAAUACAACAUUUCAAAAAUCCAUUAUAUUUUUAUUCAGUAAGAUCGAGCUAUUCUUCUUGAAUGUCCAUUUUUCAUUUUCUGUAGACAUACCUGUGUAUUUAAAUGUACCUUGUAUCUCCUAGGAAAAAAAAAAAGUACUUUUUCUCAUAACUAAUGUUCUAGCACUUCAAAUAAAUAUUUUAAGGUGACAACUUUCCUUAGUGUAGCUGGGGAAAGAAAACAAAAAGCAUUUUUUUCCUUUGGAAGCAGGUAUCACUGUUCCUUUCAUGACUAAUAAAAGAUGAAGCAUAACUAUAGCCACGGAACAAGUUAUCUUUGUCUUUCUGUCUUUCUAUAAAUAGGUAGGUGCACAUAUACAUCAUUUAUUUCUCUAUACCUGCAUUUUUAUAUGUUUACCAAAAUAUUGUUCUUGUUCAGAUUAUAACAGGGUUUAGAUUAAUCUAUCGAAGAUUUCAGAUUAACUUUAAUAUUUCCCUAGCAUCUUCUCAGGAGCAUGAAUUAAUAUGAGGUACUGAAGCUCUCUGCUUUAUUUUUUUUAAGUUCAGUUCUACUCUGAAAUACUUGUGUAAACAAGAAUCUUACUCAACAAAUUAUUCUUUUUCUUAUGUGCUCUGAGUUACAAGUGAUUAUAAUAGGAAGAAAAGAAAAAGUUGUUUCUAACUACAUUAGAUUAAAAAGCUAAUGUAGCUCUAGUAAAAUGCAGAUUCUACUCUUGCAAAUCUCAGCAAGUUAUUAGUAAAGCUUUAACUCUUAGUUCUUUCUUCCUGGUAAUGCAUGAACAAAAAAUCUGGCUUGAUAGAUUUUGUCAGACAAAAUUUGCAUGUCUGGCAGUUGGAUACUUCAUCUUUUACUUUACUUUGGAACUUGUAAAUGUGAAAUGGUAGGGAUAAUAUACCUGGUACCCUAUGGAACUCUUUUACCAGCUCACAUUGAAGAGGAAUAAUAUGCUGAGCUUCUCUUGGAUGGGAGGACUCAGUCGAUGCAUGUCAUCACCCCUUACAGCGCAGAGGGCUGUGCUAAGAUCACCUGCUGUGCAUCCCUAAUUUAGGUGUCACAACUAUGUCGCUCCAGGUUUGUCAGGCAGUCUAAAUCAAUUGUUAGUCUCUUGAAUUUAAGUAACAUGGAGGAUUUUCUCAGUGGCAGUUUCUGAUUUUCCUGCUUCCCUCAAUGUCACUGUCUCUCUCAUUUGUACUAGUACAAGAGUUUACAGGACCAAGCCACAAAACUCGUCAGGGUAUUUCUGACCCAAAGGAACUCCUUGAUCCAGAUCACCUUGCAUCACAGAUGAUGGCAUCAGUAGAAUGGACGGGGUGGCCAUAGUGCUCGUGGCAGUUUAGUCACACAUUUGCAGGAAGUGAACAUAAGGUUAGGUACAACAAAACAUUUUAAUAUAGUAAACACAUCAUGCAAAAAUUGUUUUCACAGUUGCACCUUGUGCAAAGAUUCAUAGUUCUGUAUCUAAAGCAGGAUUCGUCCAUUAGAAAACAUUGUAGCAAAGUCUGAUUUUUAUGAAUGACUAUAACAUCUCUUUUGCUGAUGGGCAAAACCAUACUGCCUAAUGCAUACAUCAGAAUACCUUGCCCUGAGCUGUUUCCUUUUCUUUGUGCACUAUAGAUGUGUCUGUAGUGCAUUGAUAUUGCAUAGUAGGAGAACGUGUUUUCCUGUUUACUUGUAGUUUAUUUAUACGUAUAGCUAACACUUUUGUGCUGGCUGUUAAAAAUAUUUUUCAUGUCUAUGAAAACAUUUCCAUUUUUUGGCAGACAUAGGUGUUUGUGAAAUCCUUACAUUUCACCUAAUUAUUUUCAAAAAGAUACCAGGCCUUCAAAAAGGUAAAAAGCAACAUAAUUCUGAAGAAUAAAUGUUGCUUGUCAUGUGUAUCUUUAGUAAGCUAUAAAAAAUGCCCUACCUGAACUUUCAGAGCAUUAGUAGGGCUGGUAAUUAGUGCAUGGGCCAGGUUCUUCUUUUAAACUUUUGUGAUACUGUGGAAUUCAACAGAUAUAACUACAAACAUAGACUGGCUUUGUAUUAUCUACGUGCAAAACUGAACUGAUACAUUUAAUACAGUAAGAUUGUUUUUAGAAAAGCAUCACUACGUUACAGGUAAUAGCAAUUUGUAUUUCUCUGCUGUGUACCAGUUAUAUGUAUACUAUGACAAAUAAAAAUUUAA